AUGAAGGAUCGUGCGUCUGUCGAUGAUCUGUUUUAUUUGUCGGACUUCCAUCUCGAAGACAUCAAGAUUUUGCUUACUAGUAAAGACGUCUACCACUGGUAUGAUUUCGUGAAAAAGAAUGGAGGCGAUGCAGCCAAGCUUUUGCAAUCUUCGUUGUUUAAAAUGUCUUGGCUGUCUGAAGAAAAUGUAGCCUUGCUUCUUUCUGUUGUCGCCAAAGAAUACAAGCACCCCCUUGGCAAGGAAACGCUUGAAGCGAGUCCAGGAGCAUAUUUUCGAAAGCGAGGAGAUGUAUGUACUUGA